AUGCAAACUCAAACAUUAUUUUUAUUACUAAGUGCUUGUUGCUUGGUUUCAGCCGCUUCCAAAAAAGGUAAAAGUAAAGGCAAAGGCAAAGGAGGUAGCUGGAGACAUAAUGCAACUUCCCACAAUACUAAUUUAACUUCAAAUUUGACUACUGCUACUGUAACUACUACUACUCAAGCUGGUGAUGCGGUUAGAGGCAUGAAUAUCGCUGGGGCCGUGGGUGCAUUGGCUGUUGGAGCUAUAUUGUUAUGA